AUGAAUGAAAUAGGAACAGUAAAAACAAAUCAAAAACGUUCAUAUGAAUCUGAACAAAAUUCUCCUUCAAAACAUUCUAAAUAUGAUAUAAUUGAAAUCGAUGAACAGUAUGAUAGUUCAACAACUAAUACUGAUACUGAAUCGAUAUAUAUUAGUAGUGAUACAGAAGAAUCAAAAAUAGAACAAAAUGAUGAUAAUGAUGAUGAUGAUGAUGAUAGUGAUAUCGAAGAUUUUGAAGAUGAAUCAAAUAUAUCAACAGAUCAAUCUCGAUACUAUCCAGUUGUUUUAAAUGAAACAAUUCUUCAACAAAAAUCAUCUUUAAGUAGACAUUCAAAAAAAUUAUUAAAACAAUUCAAAUAUUUCUAUGAACAUAGUAAAAGAAAAUCUAUUGAACCAACACAAUCAAUAGAUGAUAAUAUAAAUCAAAGAAAAAAAUUACGUUGGGAAUUAAGAAAUACAUUUAAUCGAAAUGAUCUUUUUAAAGAAGGUUAUGCAGUUUUAUCGGAUGAAUCAUUUCCAUUUUAUUCACUUUGUUAUAUGUGUGGUUCAAUGGGUACAGAUUUAAUUUAUUGUAAUAGCUGUUGUGAAGCUUAUCAUAGAGCUUGUUUAAAUGAAUCUGAAUGUCCACGUUUAUGUCCUACACCUGAAUCAUGGUUAUGUCCAAAUUGUAUUGUAUGUAAUAUAUGUGGUUUAGUUAAAGAUUCUCAAUUAAUAUCUUGUUCUGAUUGUAAAAGAACAUUUCAUAUUAAAUGUAUAAAACAAACAAAAGAUGAACAACAAUAUCAUAACCUUCGUAAUCAAAUAUGGUUUUGUCCAUUAUGUAUUAAAUGUGAUUGCGGACAAACAAUAAUAUCAAAUGAACAAAAUCUUUUAUCAUUAACAAAAUCAUUUUCAUCUCAACAAUCACUUAUGUGUUCUGAUUGUUUAAAUAAUAUGAAAAUAAUACGUACAAAUAAAACAAAUCAAAUUGAAAAAUGUCAUUUAUGUGAAAGAUUUAUUGAACAAUUUAUUACAAAACCUAAACCAUUAUUUUCAUUAACAUUAAUUGGUAAUCAAUCACAACAAAAAAUUCAAAAUUUAUUACAAUGUAUUAAAUGUAAACAUCGUUUUCAUCCGAAAUGUGAUGGUUAUUUAAAUGAAGAUAUUAUAUUAAUACCAUAUAUUAAAAAUAUAUCUACAAAUAUUAUUUGUUCAAAAUGUGAUUAUAAUCAAAAAGAAAAUAUUAAACAAUCUUUAAUUAAUUAUAAACUUCAAGUUGUGAAAAAUAUUAUAACAAGUAUAACAUCAACAUUACAAAUAAUGAUAUCUGAAGAAAAUCGUUUAAAUAAUAUGAAACAUUAUAUGUCUAAUCUUCAACAAUUACAUCAAUCAUGUAAUCAAUCAUUAAAUUUACAUGCUUUUAUUAAUGAUUUACUUAUUAUUGUUCAACAUUUACUUGAUAAUUAUGAUAGUCGUCAAUGGCAAGCAGCAAUAAAUAAUUGUAUAAAUAUUCAAUGUCCAUGGUUUAAAACUUCAAAUUUAUCUUCAAAUAAUCAUACAUUAUUUUGUUCAACAACAACAACAACAAAUACAUCUAUAAAUCAUUCAAAUAUAUUAUUAAAUCGUUGUUAUAUAUCACCAUCCAUUGAUCAUACAUAUUCAUUAAAUAAUGAACGUCAAUUAUUUCAAUCAAAUUUAUAUAAAAAUAAUUUAUUAACAUCAAGUGAUUCAUUAUUACGUUAUAUAGAUAAUAAAUUGGAAAAUAAUUAUUCAUUUGAAAAUUUAUAUCAAAUUGAUACAAGAUUAUGUCAAUUAUGUCAAACAUAUGCUGAUCAUUUUUCAUCAAAUAUAUCACGUCUUAUAUCAAUUGGUAUUAAUCAAUGGGUACAUAUUGGUUGUAUACUUCCAGCUUAUUCAAAAAAUCUUGAUCAAUCACCAUAUAUUUUACGUAAUAUACAUGAAACAAUAAAUCGUUGUCAAACAAAAUAUAAAUGUGAUUUAUGUUUUAAAAUGGGUGCUACUGUACAAUGUUAUGAAAAUGAAUGUAGUGCACGUUUUCAUUGUCAAUGUAUUGAUACAUAUUAUUCAAAAAUAGAUAGAAAUUUUCAACAAAAAUUAAAUAUUAAUAAUGGAUUAUUACCAAAUUUAACAACUUUAUGUUCAAAACAUUGUAAAAAACAAAUAAAAAAUAAUGCCGAUGGAAAUAAUAAUGAUCAAACAAAUGAACAUAUGAUAAACAAUGAUAUCAAUCUUCCAAAAUUUAAAUCAAUUAAUUUAUCAUCAACUAUCUAUGCUGAUCUAUCAAAUGCUUUAAUCGAAUUUAGUUUAACUGAUAUAAAACUUUGUAUUGGUUCUCUACAAAUAAAAUCUCUUGGUAAUUUUGAUUAUCUUCUUGAUAAUGAUCCUAAUAUAAAUAUCUAUCCAAAUAAAUAUUCUGCAUCACGUCUAUUUUGGAGUACAAAAAAUGCUCGACAAAAAACAGUUUAUCAUUUACAUAUAGAAAUCGAACAAACAUAUCAUAAUGAUAAAUUAAAUCAUCAAACAAUUGAAUAUCCAUUAUCAAAUGAACAAAUACAACUUAAUCAAUUAUAUGAAACAUGUGAAAAAUAUUUUAAUAAAUAUAAAAUAAAAGAUGAUUCUCAAAAAAAAAUAAUUCAUUUAAAAAAUGAAAAUUUAAAUAAUAAAAUUGAAAAAUUAUCAUCAUCUAUUAAAUGUCAACCAUCGAAAUCUAUAUUAAAAAAUAUUAUUCGACCAAGAAAUAGAUUUAAUAAUGAAAAUAAUAUUCAAUUCAAUAAAUCAUCAUCAAUUAUAACAGAAGAAAAUUCUCAAACAAUAUCAAUUGAUACUAAAACUUUACGAAAUUUAUUUAUAAAUGAUUCAUUAAAAUCAUCAGAUCAUUCUCGAUUUGCUUUAGCACUUGUACAAGCUCUUCAAAAUGUUGAUCAAUCAUUAUCAUUAACAAAAAUACAACAACAUGAACCUAUUUUCACUUAUUAUUUAUCUAAUCAAACAAGUAUUCCAUCCAAUCAAUCAACAAUAGAGAAGAAUAAUGAUGGUUUGUUAGAUCAAUUAUUCAAAAAUAUAAAUCCAUCUGAACAGUUAAAUGUAAAUGAAAAAUCUUUUCAUAUUAAUCCUGAAUAUUCAACUAAUUUAUCUCAUUAUCCAUCUAAUAAUAUUGAUUCAAAAAUAAAAUCAAUAUCUACUGAUGAACUAAUUUAUUACUAUCAACAAUGGUUAACAUCAAAAUUUGGUCGUAUAAAAUUUACAAUUAUUAGUGAUGAUGGAUAUAAAAUUGUGUCAGAUAAUUUAGAUGAUGCUUGGUUAACAAUUGUUAAUUUAGUACGUGAAUGUCGUGAUGAUAUGAAUUUAACACAUUUACCUAUGCGAAAUGAAGAAUUAAAUGGACAUUAUAUAUUUGGUUUAACAAAAUCAAUUAUUAAAAUAAUGUUAAAUCAAAUUUAUAUAAAUUCAUUAUCAACAGAUAAACAAACUGAUACAAUUAUAUUACCAUUGUCAUCAUCAUCAUCAUCAUCAUCAAAUAAAAAUAAUUCAAUAUGUUUUUUAAAGAAAAAAAAUUCGAAUAAAAAAAUCUUACCAUUAAAUGCAAGAUUAAAUAUUUAUCAACGAAAACAUUCUCAACGUCAAAGAUUUAAUUGGUUAUCAAAUCCAAAUCGAAAAAUAGAAUAUGCAUUAAAAUCAUUCGAAAUUGAUGAUGCACUUGAUCAUGCAAGACGAAUUCUUCUUGAAGAAUCUUCGGUUAGUUUACGUCUUUAUCAUUUACAUUAUUUUGCUCAACGUGCAUUAAUUGUUGGGUCAUCAUCUAUACAUGGUUGUGGUUUAUUUACAUUAAUUGAUUUGAUUGAAGGACAAAUGAUUAUUGAAUAUACGGGUGAAGUUGUUCGACCAUGUCUUACAGAUAAACGUGAACGUGAAAAUGAAAAAAAAGGUUUUGGUUGUUAUAUGUUUACUGUUGAUUCAAUGAGUGUUAUUGAUGCUACACAUCAAGGAAAUAAAGCUCGUUUUAUAAAUCAUAAUUGUCAACCAAAUUGUUUUGCAAAAACUGUUCUAUCCGGUGGUAUUAAACAUAUUGUUAUUUAUGCUCUUAUGAAUAUAAGUCGUGGUUCUGAAUUAACUUAUGAUUAUUCAUUUGCUGAAGAAGAUAUCAAAAUUCCUUGUCAUUGUGGUACAAAUAAAUGUCGAAUUUAUUUGAACUAA